GAUCUGGUGAAAUUGUAAAUGUACACAGGAAAGUAACUUUUGUACAUGGAACUAAAUAUUAACUUAGUCAUUUCAUUUUUAUGCAAGAAUGAUCUUACUUCCAGCACCAUUUGGCAACUAAGCAAUGUCAAACAAGUUAUUGUCAUCCAGCUUGCAUCAUUCCUUACUCAUGUUGUCAGAUCUUAUAGUUUACUAUUAAGUUUGGGUGAUCCUGGGGGGGGGGGGGUGACCAGAGACUUGAGGCAAAUCCAAGGGGUCAUCAGAAUGUGUUCAUCCAUGGCUAGUAAAAAUGUCAACUUUCAUUUGUGUGCCUUAUUGAUAUAGAGUAAUGUGAAUUUAUAUGGUCUAUUAUAUUAAUUAUUAUAGCUUAUAGUGUAGCUAAUCAAGUGGAGUACUAAGUGGUACACCCUCGGUUAGAUAAUGAUGAUCCAUAGGAGGUAGCUAUCCAGAACAUUACAAGUGAUCAUGCUGGUCUAAAUCUACAAGUAAUGGUCUGAUUAUGGGAUGAAGAUUACAGAUCCAUGGAACAGACACUAAAAGAUCAAGGGAUCUGCCAUUGAAAAAGACUUUGAAUGAUGAUAAUCUAACUUUAAUUUGAUACACACUUGUGAAAUGUCUUCAUAAGUCUGUCAACACAUAGCCAUAAGGUCCCAUUUACCUACCACUGCUCUUUUAGCAAUUUCUAAUGAAUUACCAUAAGUGUUCCAAAAUGUGCCCAAACUACUUAUUUUUGCUGGUUUGCAUUAUCCUGAAAAGUGUGCAAGUAUUUUGAUAGAAUGAAUAUGGUAUUUUGAACUUAGCUUGACUUGUAUUAGAAGUAGAAUCUCAUGUGACCAUCCCCACUAUCUAUAAACAGUAUAUUCAAAACUCUUAUCAGAACCAGCAUAUAAACAAUUACUUAUAAUCAUUUUUGUUCCAUGCAAAAAUGUCUGCAAAACGUUAUAUAUUUGCCAUAUGGACUGAUGAAACAGAAGAACUUGCAAUACGAACAUUUUUAGAGCAUUGUGGCAUCACUGUGAAAGAAGCUGGUAUUGAAGAUUUAAAGCAACAUUUGGAAAGUGAAAAUAGUGAACAAUCAAGCCAACCAGUCGAGACUAAAACUGACAUGGAUGUAGACAGUGACGAUAAUGAUCCAUUGGGCCCUCCGAUAUUUCCACCAGUAUUGGGUACUGAUGAAUGCCCACAUUGUUUUUGUGCCCCGUGUUGCACAUCAGAACAGUUUAGACAGUUGUGGUGGCAAACAGAAACCAUUGAGCCUCAUGAAAGGAAUUCAACAGCUAGAAAAAAAUGUUACAAAAAAUUCUGGGUGAUGCUGCAACAUAGAGGUGCAUGGAGGCACCCUCGAUAUGUUUCAAAAAAACAAUUGGCACUGCAGACGGAUGCGAGGAGAAACUUAUAUGUAUAUCAUGGACACAGAAGAGACAUCAUGCCAGAUUGUAUAGUAAGACUUGUGCGUGGAUGGCUCUCCAAUCCUGGAGGAAUUGAUUAUAUGGGACAUCUAUGGGAUUAAUGACUAUACACCAAACUUUGCAGAAAUGAAAACAAUAUACUAGAUAUAAUUGAUGAACAAUUAUAACCUAAAUAUCUACAAUGAAUUGUUUAAUAAUCAAUGAUGUUUGGGAAAUUAGGAUAUAUAAAUAUAAAUGAAUGAAUCAUAGCAACAAAAUGCCAUGUGCUUGUGUUUAUAAAUAACCCAUUACUGCUAAGCCACAUCCCCUGCUAACAGCUGAUUGGCUGUUUGUUAUCUGGUAGGCAUUUCACAUGUUACAUAAGACACCCGGGUGUAUCCAUUAACUGAAGUUUUCCUCUUUAAACUUAUUUU